AUGACAAAGCCGAAGAUAGAAAUAAAGAAGAUUGACAACAUUGCAGCUAGGCAGGUGACUUUUUCUAAGAGGAAGAGAGGGCUUUUCAAGAAGGCUCGGGAGCUUUCAACUCUUUGUGAUGCUGAGAUAGCUCUCAUAGUCUUUUCUGCUUCGAGCAAGCUCUUCGAAUUCGCUAGCUCAAGUGUGGAGCAGGUGGUUGAAAGGUACAAUCUGCAUCCAAGCACUGAAAGAUUACAACACUCAUCUGAAGAGCUGCAGGUAAGAUCCUCUUUCCACUUCGUGCUGCGCAAGGAAGUGGCAGAUAGGACUCUUGAACUGAGGAAGCUGAACGGGGAAGAUCUGCAAGGAUUAAAAAUUCGAGAAUUACAGAAACUAGAGAAACUACUAGGAAAAGGCUUGACCCGUGUUUCAAAAGCAAAGGAUGAAAGACUUGUAAAUGAUAUCAAAGCGCUCAAGAAAAAGGGAGUCGAAAUAGCGCAAGAGAACCAACGACUGAAACAGAUACAAGGUCUUGCAAACGAUCAAGGGCAGUCAUCUAAGUCAACCAUGAUUUGCAGCACAUCAAAUCGUGCUAAAGACUCUGAUAAUCACGAUGAUUCUCUCAACUUGGGGUUGCCUUUGUUCAAAUGAAAAGAAAAUGUUUGGAAGAGUAGGAGCAUAGAUGUGUAUGAAGAAUAAUAGAUGCCAAAACAACUUGAAUAAUGAGAUGUAUAUGAAAUUGCACAGAGCAAAGGGUAGAUCCCCUGUAAUGUAUGUAGUUGGAACUAUCAGUUACUAACCCUCCAUAUAUCAAUUUCGUUCUAAGUUUAAGGAACACGAAGAA